AUGUCAAUAAAUGACGAAGGUCCACCUCCAAAGCGACGGACCAUCUCCAAGAGAGACGCUGGCGAAGAGACCACAACGACAGACAUGGAUAGGGUCGACGAAGAGGGCAGCGAUAUGGUAUCAUCAUCAGAGAAGUCUUCAUCUUCCGAAAAAGUCUCAACUCGCCAUUCAUCAAAUCAACAACAACCCAUAAACGAUCAAGAGAGUGAAUCAGAAUCAGAACAGGAGGUCGAAGCAGAAGAAACCACUUCGUCUUCCGGAAGUGACAGUGACGAAUCCGAUGAAGACGAGCAUUCCGAAAGCGAGGAUGAGAAUUCAGACGAAGGGAAUCCAUCUGCAGAUGACCUGGACGGCCCCUUGUCGUCACAAGACCAACAACGGCCAACGGCUCUGCCGCCCAUUGGAGAGAGAUCCGGCCUAAGGUCUCGAUUACAAGAAUUCUUACCACAGCUGCAGAAGGCCAAUGUUGAACUUGAGUCGUCAAGUGAUAUUCUGGAUAAAAGGAUUGAUCAUGUCGACGAUGGUGCUGAGCAGUAUAUCGAAAUGAAUUUGGGGUUGGGUGUCUUGAGCGAGCAACGGCCUGGGGAAGACGAUGAAGUCAAGUUGGAGCCUACUACGGAUACGAGUUCGGACCAGGGAACUGACGAGGAUGAUGAAGCAGAGCAGCGCAUGGAAAGUUCUGCGGAGGAUGUACUGGCUCGGCUGAGAGGAGAGAAGGCGCAGAAAGCGUCGAAGAGAAAAGUCGAAGAGUUGGGCUGA